GACGACAGCUGCUUUGUUCCAUCAUGGCUUUCAACCAGCCUCCCUUUUACAACCCGAGGAUUCCUUUCACCGGAUCCAUCCAUGGAGGCCUGCAGGAGGGCAAGUCGAUCAUCAUCAGCGGACGAGUCCUUCCUGGAGUAGACCGGUUCCAUGUGAACUUGCAGUGUGGUUCCAGUCAAGGGACGAACAUCGCCUUUCAUUUCAACCCACGUUAUAAUGAAGGCCAGCCUUACGUGGUCACCAACACCUUCCAGUACGGUAACUGGGGCUCAGAAGAGAGGAAGCUUAGCUCGCCUCUCCCCCCUGGCUAUAACUUCACCCUGCAGAUCACCGUUACACGGGAUUUCUACCAGGUGAGCGUAAACGGCAGCCACUUCACGGAUUACAGACAUCGUAUCCCGUUCCAGCAGGUUGACACCAUAUCAGUCGCUGGAAAAGUGGAAGUUUCCUUUAUAUCAUUUUCAAACCCUAAUGUGAACUGAUUAUUUUCUGCUCUGCGGGAAUUUCCUCAGCAAGGUUUUCCCACCCAGCCUGGUUUUCCAUCCUAUCCGGGGUUUCCUCCUCAGCCUGGAUUCACACCCCAGCCAGGAUUUCCUCCUGCAAUGCCGGUUGUUCCAUAUAACAACUACAUCAGUGGCGGAAUCCAGCCAGGCAGAACCAUCACCAUUCAGGGAAUCGUCCCACCCAAUGCCACAAGGUUCCACGUGAACUUCAGCCACCAGUAUGGAAUCGCUCUGCAUUAUAAUCCACGUUUCAACGAGAACACGGUGGUCCGAAACACCAAGCAGCAUGGGCAGUGGGGCUCUGAGGAACGAAUGGGAAUAAUGCCAUUCCAGCGAGGACAGGCUUUCACGGUAUGA